ACUUCCAGUCGCGAUAUAUCAUUGUGCGCACGAUCACCGUUGCGCACACGCUGACAGUCAGUCGCCGCGAUAUCUCAACUUCGAACACUUGAGAAUCAAGCAUUCUUAAAAAAACAAUUCAAAAACAUGUGUAAAAAUUAAAUUCAUAAAUCGAAUUUUAUAUUUUUUACGUUUUUUUUCUGUGACAGUGUUCUUAUUUCGAACUAUGGGUGUGUUUGAAUGUGUGGUGGCCAGUAAAAUGAAUCCUACUGAAAGCACGGAGGUUUUUACUAUAAAUAUGGCUUCGAACGAAACUUUGAAUGAACCUGUGCGACUGAGAAGAGAUGUGGAGUCCCAGUCUACGAAAACCAAUUUCUGGAACAGACAUGGCUUGUGGUGGACCAUGGGCAUUGAUCUGCCUCUCCUCCUUAUAUUGCUAGCUCUGAUUGGACUAUUCGAGAUGGGGGUGAUUCCGAACCAUAAGGCUGGCUUCUACUGCAACGACCCAGCUUUGAGCUUCCCCUUCAAUGGAGACACUGUCACCUCGCAAGUCCUGGUUUCUACGUUGCUGAUAAUGCCUAUUGUAAUUGUUGCUAUAACGGAGUACAUAUUCUUAGCAGCAGAUUUCUCUCAGUCAAGAAUUCUUCAGACCUGCAAGAAUACGUUCUAUCUAUACAGAACUUAUGUCUACGGUCUUCUCAUCAACUUGUGUGUUGUUGAGGUCAUGAAGGGUCUCGUUGGCAAUCCGAGACCCACCUUCUUCGACCUAUGCGAGCCUGAUGCUGCCAAGACUUGCAAAGGAUCUGAGUUCGUGGCUGAAUUCAAGUGCACGUCCCAGCGUUUCUCGAGCUGGUACCAGAUGGAUUCGUACCGCAGCUUCCCUUCAGGACACACCUCCAUGUCUGUCUACUGUGGACUCUUUAUCGCGUGGUACCUCCAACGCCGCGCCUUCAACUGGCGUCACCGCACCAUCUUCCUGGUUCCUGUGCUGCAACUCCUCUGCCUCACCUAUGCGGCUGUCUGCUCGCUCACCAGAAUCACAGAUCACAGACAUCACUGGUGGGAUGUGUUGGUCGGCGCCAUUAUCGGUGUUGCUAGUGUUUAUUAUGCUGUCAUAAUCAGCUCAAAUUUCACUUACUACCACUCAAGAGCUAGCGAUGCGAAGUCAGAAGAAAGCAGAAGGACCAUGAGGACUUUGAUAUACGACGAGCAACGACCGGUGACAGUGCCGUAGUGUUGUGAAUAUUACCUUAGGACUCGAUAACAAAUUGUAGAAGAAAAAAAAUAGGAAAAUAGUACUUAAAAAUGUGGAAGGAAUGGUAGGUCUAUUAGACCAGAAAUAAUAGGUUUUAGCCAUGUAACUCUUUAGGCAUCGUUCAGACCAAACGUAUUGUCGGCCGCUGACUGUGAGCGCGCGUUACGCAGUUUAUUGCUUUUCCAUAUACAUUGAAAUUGUCGUUCACACCGAACCGACUAUACGCUGUUACGUCGUCUGUUGUAGCUGACUCUCAGUGGCCGAUUAUUUUACUACGCGACUAUGCACGGCGGACGCGGAUUGACUACGCGGACGCAGUUGCCGAAUAGCGCCGCUCCGCCGCGUACGCACCGCCGCGCCUCGGUACAGCACGUCGAUAAUUAGUGUCCCUUUGAUAUAAACUUAAACGUAUUAAAGAUAGUAACUCAUCGAAUGUUUUACUGUCAUACGAAAAUAUUUCUUAACUUAUUUGGAUAAAGUCUAUAUUCGAAAUAAAUAUAAAGUAUGAAAUUGACCAAGAAAACAUCUCUUCAAAUUGAAGGGAUGUACCCACAAUCUCUUCUUUUUAUUAUUGUCGUCUUCCUCUAGAGCUUCGCAAAUGGCAACUAUCUGAAUGCGCAUCAUUUAAUUGAAAUAUCAGUAAAACGUCUGAUUUGAAAAAAAUUAAUUAAGCUAGUUUUAUCGUUUAUAAAAUACUACGAGCAACUUCAAAUACUGAGCCCUUUUAUGUGUAGAAUAGUCAGCCGCUCAGCGUACGCAUAUAGUGUGAACCUACAAGAGCCUAUUCUUUUGUUCACACAUGUAGCGGAUCGUACGCUAUAGCCUAUUGUCGGCUUGGUGAGUACGCGUUCUGCAGAUUGAGUCGACGUUCACACUGGGGCAGACAGUGAGUAUACUCACAGUCAGCGGCGGACAAUACGUUUGGUGUGAACAAUCCCUUAAAUAUGUCAUUAUUUGGUUUUGACAAAGAUUUGCAAAGAGUUUGCAAGUAACGGGACCAAGUUUUUUUCUGGGACUCGAAUUAUUUAUAGAAAAUAAUGUCGUCAUUGUUUUUCUGUCUCUGGAGCGAUUUCUUAUAAAGUCAUGAAUAUCGUAAUUUUGCGUGUUAAGUAAAAUAUCGUUAUUCUUGAUUUUAUUGCAAAAAAUGACUUAAAUAUUAUGGUCGAAAAAAAAUAGCAAAAAUGUUAACAAAAUGCAACUUAUUACCCGCCAUAUUAUAGUUUAGACAUGAGUUCAGUCACGCGAACUUAAAGUUAAGUUUAUGUUACGUUAAAGCAUUUUAUGUCAAACCCACAACUAUCAUGUAAAUACUAUUAUUGUGGAAAUAAGUUAUUUAUUAAGCACCAUGUGACAGGUAUACAAUUUUGUGUCAGAAUGCAUUUUGUAUGCAAUGCAAGAAAUAUAAAUUACCUUACCUAUACAGAAAUUUGCUGUCUAGUUUCUAGCAAAAUAUAGAAUCUAUGACAUAACUUUCAGAUUGCCAUUUUGGUUUGGAGAAGUUAUUUAUGUAGUAUUGAUAGUUGUAUUUUCUUGUGUAAAUAGUAGAGUUUUUCCCCCUAAAGAUAAAAAUAUUGCUUGAACACCGAUGUGUUCAAGCAAUAUUUUUAUACCAGCAAUAUUUUUUUUUUAGUAUUUUUUACCCAUACUCGAUAGUAUGGGUAAAAAUACUCCUUUUUUUGCCCGACAACUAAGAAGGGUUAUCUUUUUCCUACCAAUAGGAUCGGUAUGCUUUUACUUUGAAAAACAUAAAACUUACUUUUCUCCAAUCUCCAAGUUAAAAUAAAUAGUGUUUUUAGUGACAAUAAAAUGACAAUGCAUUAUAUGAUUAAGUAUACCUUUGUAGUAUUAAGUAGCUGUACCUUGGUACUAUUUAUUAUAUUUUGGAAAUAGUUAGAUAUAUCAGUAUUAGUAGAAAAUUAAAAGACAGCGAAUGCGAUGAAUUUGUGUUUAGUAGAAAAAUAACUUUCGUUAUAAAACGAAUAAUACUGUGUAAGUAUUUCUAAAUAAUAACUGAGAACUGUUACG